AAAGAUGGCCCGUACCAAGCAGACUGCCCGUAAGUCCACUGGUGGCAAGGCUCCCCGUAAGCAGCUCGCCUCCAAGGCUGCCCGCAAGGCCGCCCCCUCCACCGGAGGUGUCAAGAAGCCUCACCGCUACAAGCCCGGUACCGUCGCUCUCCGUGAGAUCCGUCGCUACCAGAAGUCCACCGAGCUUCUGAUCCGCAAGCUCCCCUUCCAGCGUCUGGUCCGUGAGAUCGCCCAGGACUUCAAGUCCGAUCUCCGCUUCCAGUCCUCCGCCAUCGGUGCUCUCCAGGAGUCCGUUGAGGCCUACCUCGUCUCCCUGUUCGAGGACACCAACCUGUGCGCCAUCCACGCCAAGCGUGUCACCAUCCAGUCCAAGGACAUCCAGCUGGCCCGCCGCCUCCGUGGCGAGCGCUCUUAGAUUUCUCUAAUGGGCAGUUGUUUUUCUUGACACUUCCGGGAUGGCGAUACGGGGUUUCUGCUUUUUUCAUGACUAUCGGCGAUUAACAUGAUGGGUUUGCUUUCAAAUAUCAAAUGGGUCUCGGAACCGGGUUGUUUCUGAAUUUUGCUUUUUCUUCACUCGCGUGAUCAAUGCUACUUGCCAUUUUUCGCUGGGGCCCCGGUGAUAUGGAAGUCAUGAGUGUACAUUAAAGGUUAUUAACAUGGCGCCUUAGCGCGCGCCAUCUCAUGACAUAGACGCUGAAAUGCGAUCUUCUAUGAUUCAACCCA